AUGACCGUUGCGUGCCUGGGUGGAGGGCCUGGGUCAGAUGUCCUGGGUGUGCUGGACUACUUCAUGAAGUACAUGGCUGACUUCAAGGGACAACUGGACAUACAGCUGUAUGACAGGAAGGAUAAAUGGGGCCCAACUUGGGAGAGUCUGAAGACUGCUAUGGACGCAGAGCUGCAUGACCCCAGGGUCACAGUGAGCUUCUAUGACUUUGACGUCACUACGGCUGGCAAGAGCAAACCUGACCUUCAGAAAGCUGACGUCAUCACCAUGCACUACUUCAUGGAGGAGGUGUACUCCGAGAGGGAAAGAGCAGAGGUGAAGGAGUGUUUUGACCACAUAAUCCAGACAGCCAAACCAGGUGCCUUGUUCCUGUACUCGGGGAUGUACAUGUACCAGGUUAUAAACUGGGUACAUCAACUCCUGAAGGACAACUGUGAGCUUCUGACACCAGACAUGGAACUACCUGGACAACCUCAAAAGAUUUACAAAGAUACCAGUACCGGUGACUGGAAAUGGGUUUCCUAUGCUGAGGUUGACUUACAUCAGGAAGGAGACUUACAGCUUUUCAACGACAUAAGAGACGACCUCCAAACCGGGGGCUACCCUACAGAGGAGGUUUCUCAGAGAUUUAAGGGUAACGUUGUUUACCGUCUAUACAGGAAGAAGUAG